UGUAAAACAUUCAUUAUCUAAACAGCAGCCAACGAAGAGAUUUUUAAUCGUUUUAAAUCUAAAGAAACUAUUUUACAACGUACAUUUGUACGAAAAUCCAUACUUAUACAUUAUGUCUGAGAGGCAUCGAAAUCUUCCUGUUUGGAUGGUCAAAUCCGACGAUCAAAGCAGCAAAGUUACCGCUGCAGUAAGGAAGAAAACGCAAAGGACCACAAAGAAUCGCCCCAGACGUGUCAUCGAGUACUGGAUGAACGAGAGGGAGCUCGUGGAAACAGCCCUGUGUGUUUUAAAAAACAGCAAGGCGUGUAAUAGAGAUGAAACGAGCAUCUCUGAUCAUGUGGAAAUGGUCAUCCCAGAGACAUCAGACUCUGAGGUAUCAGACGCAGUCUGUGACGUUACAGAGCAGGAGUCCGUCCCAUAUGCAAACUGCAUGAACGAAGGUACCAGUACAAAGUCGGACACCAAUUUAAAACCUCAUAUUGAUGGUUCAGGAGCCUCUGGGAAGCUUGAAGAGCCUUCACAGAAACAUGACGCUAGUGAUGAUGCUCUCGAGCUGGUCCGCGAGAUAUUUUUCACCUGAUUCAUCUCACUGAGCUCACAGUGAAUUUAAAGCAUUUUACAUUGAACUUGAACACUGUUCUUGCAUGCAGUAGUAUUUUCUUCAGGAAUGCAACUCUAGUCAAUUUUGAAUGACUUUUGUUAUCUGCUGCUAUUAAGCUUGAUGCUUGAACAAAGGUGAUUCCUAUUAAAGCAAGAGAGGUUUUUAAAGUGUGCUGUAAAAGCAUAAAAUAAUUUUGUCUGGAUUGUCAAGGUUAAUGAAUCGUGACUGUUAUCGUGAAUGCAUUUUCUCCUAAUAGCACAAUAACAGUGUUUGCUAUUGUCAUAGUGUUCUGUAAUUGUGAUUUUUUGGGGCACUUAAGGUCUGACCUCAGUGCGUGAUUUGUAUUCAGAAGCAGACACUCAGUUAAUCGCUGUUUGCACACUUCUUGAAUAUUACCUUUGGUUAAGAAAGCAUUUGUCAUUGUCAAACUGUACAUUAGCC